AUGAAUAAUAUUAUUGUGAAUAAUGCGGUUCACCUUGUUAUAGCAGCGGUAGCAGCAUCAAUGAUGAUGCUGCCUACAGCAGAAGCUGCAUUGUAUACCGUCGGAGACGACUUGGGUUGGACUAUUCCUCCGGGCGGCGCUGCCACUUAUGCUGCCUGGGCUGCCAAGCAUAGCUUUGUAGUCAAAGAUAUUCUAGUGUUUAACUUUUCUGCCGGAGAAGAUGACUUGGCUGUGGUAACCAAGGAAGAUUUUGACACGUGUAACACCACGAACCCCUUAUAUGAAUUCGAAGAACCAGCGACACUUCAAUUUCUUGCAAGCGAUACAUUUUAUUUCACGAGCACCUUGGCCGGCCACUGCUCCAAAGGCCAGAAGUUAGCCAUUUACUUCGCUCCCUCUUCAACCGAUUCUCCAAGUCCAAGUCCAACGUCCUCCUUCCCCCUCAAAUUAGUGUCUCAAAAGAUCAUGCAGGGCACAAGAACAUAA